CAUAUCAUCAGCAUCUUCUGUUUUACAGUUAUGAAAUAAAAUGUCAUUCUUCUAAUAUUUACUUAAUGUUUUUAUAACCUAACAAACAUUGAGCUCGAAUUAUUCCAUAUGUCCAUACAUUAAUUUGCAUUACAUAUUAUUUCUAAAUUAUAAUAAUGUCUAGUUUUCACAAGAAAUUGGAUUCACAAUACAGUAUCAGAGGAACUAAACUAAAAAAUAAUUUACCUUUUAUAUCUUCUGGUAUUCCAUCGUUGGAUCACAUAAUUGGUGGUGGUUUACCUUCAGGAGCAAUUUUUGCUGUUGAGGAAGAUGUUUUGGGCAGUUACAGCAGAGUUCUAACAAAGUACUACCUAGCUGAAGGUGUUACUUCGGAACAUGCAUUGUUUAUUGCUUCUGCGGAUGAAGAUCCUAAAAUAAUUGUGAAUGAAUUGCCACAGCCAUGUGUAGAUUUACCAAAAGAAGUAGCCCCAAAGGAAGGCAAUAUUGAGAUGAAAAUAGCAUGGAGAUACGAGGGACUGGGCCAAGUGGAAUCUUCCUUUGGUAGCAAUUCCUCAUUUGGACAUAAUUUUGACUUAAGCAAACAUAUGGAUAAAGAAACUCUACAAAAUAGAAAUAUCACUUAUUGUUUUUUAAAUGAAGAUGAAUAUGGAAACAAAGAUGAAGUAAAAGGCUUCAAGAAUUACAUGUUUUUUAAACUGUUAACUAAUAUCAAAGAGCUUGUAUCAAAAGAAGAGUUCCAAACAAGUAGUAAAAACAAAAAUAUUUUACGUAUAAACAUACAGUCACUUGGCUCACCAAUCUGGUUGGCUGCUGAUUGUGAUGGAGAAGUAAACAAUGAUUAUGGACAAGAUUUAAUUAAAUUUUUAUAUACUCUUAGAGUAAUUCUAAGAGAUACAUUGGCAGUUGCAUAUAUAACUAUUCCGUCACAUUUAUUUGAUGAUGAACAUUUAAUGCCCAGACUUCUAUAUUCCAUAGAUAAUGCAGUCAGGAUAGAGUCAUUUGCUGGCUCUAGUCGGGAAACAAACCCUGUGUACAGUGACUACCAUGGCUUGUUCCAUGUCACUAAGUUGUCAGCUAUAUACUCACUUGUGCCUUAUGUACCUCCCAGUCUGGAUCUAGCAUUUAAAUUGCGUAGGAAAAAAUUCGUUAUUGAAAAAUUACAUUUACCACCAGAGCUGCAAGAGUCCAGUGAAAGAGAACAAGAUGACAUCACAGCAGUGCCUAAAGCAGUCAGCUGUGGAGGAUUUAAGAAAAAGGAUAUAGAUUUUUAAAUAUUUUUUUAUAAAUAAAAAAAU